AUUUUCAACGAUCCAAUUCAUGGCCAUAUCGAAAUGCAUCCAUUAUGUGUUAAAAUCAUCGAUACACCACAGUUUCAGCGAUUGCGCUAUAUCAAACAACUUGGUUGCACAUUUUACGUAUUUCCUGGAGCUGCACAUACACGAUUUGAACAUUCGAUAGGGGUUGGUUAUUUGGCAUGGAAAUUAGUUAAGAGUAUACAAUCUCGACAGCCUGAACUACGCAUCACAGAUGUUGAUGUUUUAUGCGUCAGUCUAGCGGGACUUUGCCAUGAUCUAGGACAUGGUAUUCUCAGUCAUGUUUUCGAUAACGAAUUCUUACCAAGAGUUCCAAAAGAUGUCUCUAAGAAAAACUGGAAGCAUGAAGCUGGAUCUGUGGCUAUGUUCGAACAUAUGAUAAAAACGAAUGAAUUAGAACCAGAGUUUAAAAAAUACGAUUUAUGUGAUGAAGAUAUUUUAUUUGUAAAGGAGCAGAUUUUUGGACCAAUUAACCAGGAUGCCAAAUUACGAGUAAUAAUAUCAAGAGGUCGGGGUCCAGAAAAGAGAUUUCUCUACGAAAUAGUAGCGAACAAACGUAACGGAAUUGAUGUCGAUAAGUGGGAUUACUUUGCACGAGAUUCACACAAUCUUGGCGUAUCGAUUUCCUUUGAUCACCGGCGUUCUAUGCAUUUUGUGCGAGCAAUAAAGGUUAACGAUGAAUGGCAACUUUGUACCAGAGAUAAGGAGGUUGACAAUACGUACGAUAUGUUUUACACACGUCAUAUGCUUCACAAACGUGCUUACCAGCACAAAACCGUAAAAUUAAUAGAGUCCAUGAUUGUCGAAGCACUCUUAAUAGCAAAUGAUCAUUUAAAAUUUCCAGGAGCCAACGGAAGGAUGCUAAAACUGUCUGAGACUAUAAAUGACAUGGUAGCAUAUACUAAUGUUACUGAUUAUGUAAUCCAGCAAAUUAAGCUGUCGACUGACCCAAAGUUAGAUGACGCUCGUAAGAUUCUUCAAGCCGUAGAAAAACGCCAGCUGUACAAAUGUGUUGGACGCACGGCCCCGUUCUCGGUAGCCGAGUUAAACAAGACCGAAGAUCAGAUUCAAAAUGAGAUUGCUGCAUGCAGUAAAGACCUGGGAGAUUAUUGUCAUGUAACCAGUAGAGAUGUUCACGUUCGUGUAAUUAACCUUAAUUAUGGAAUGAAAGAUGAGAAUCCUAUCGAACACAUACGCUUCUACUACAAGUAUGACGAAAAUAGAGCAAUAGCUUUCAAGAAAGGGGAGGUCAGUAGGAUGCUACCUGAAUCCUUUAACGAGCAGUAUAUUUUGGUUUCCAGCCGGAAUAGGGAUAAAGAAGUAAUUAAUGAUGUUAAAAGAUGUUUUAUUGAAUGGUGCAGGAGAAACAAUCUACCAAAGCCUAAAGUAAUGCUUACUUGA